AUGCCGAACACUCUGAUCAACUUUUCUACUCUCUUUAGUGGCCUGUCUCGCGACAAGGUGGUUGAUAUCGUGGACCAGUGGUUCCCCCCUAAACCGACCUACACUGAGACAUCUGUGGCGCGUCAAGAUGGCCGCGUGUUUAUCAUUACCGGAGGCAACUCGGGCAUUGGGCUGGCGCUUGUGAAGCUGCUGUACCCUAAAGGUGCCAAGAUCUACAUAGCUUGUCGGUCCGAAGAGCGUGCCCAAGCCGCCAUCAAAGAAGUUCUGGACGAAUACAAGACAGCCUCCAGGGACGACGACAGUACGGCUGGCCCGCCGGGAAGCAUCACCUACAUGCAUCUCGACCUCGACGAUCUCGCUACUAUCAAGUCCUCAGCCGCCUUCUUCGCGGAGAAGGAGUCCCGUCUGGACAUCCUCUGGAACAAUGCGGGCAUUGCCGGAAGUCCUAUUGGGACCAAGACCAAGCAGGGCAUCGAGGGUCACAUCGGGAUCAACUGUGUCGCACCACUGCUCUUCACGCAGGAGCUGCUCCCUCAACUGCGCAAUGCGGCGUCCCAGUCACCACCUGGCGCCACGCGUGUGGUCUGGACUGCUUCUCUCAUCAUCGAGAGGUUUGCUCCCGAGGAGGGCGUUGACCUCGACGCCCUCAACAGAAUGAAUGCUGAGGAGACAGGGUCGGAAGCCGCAUCACGCGACUACGCACAAAGCAAGGCGGGCAACUGGCUCCUGGGUGUCGAAGGGGCUCGCAGGUGGGGCCACGAGACGGAGGCUGGCAAAGCCGAUGCCAUUGUCAGCGUGACGCAGAACCCUGGCAUGAUCACGACGCCCGUCUGGAAACACCAGCCGGGCUGGUUGAUGACAUUCCUGAGCCCGACCUUUUAUCCAGCACAGAUGGGGGCUUAUACGAUGCUGUACGCCGGUUUCUCUAACGAGGUCAGCCUCGAAAAUAACGGCGCCUACGUCUUGCCGUUCGGGCGGCUUCAACAGAAAUCCACAAACACUGGGAUCAUAAAGGCCAUUGGGAAUGGAAAGGCAAAAGAGUUCUGGGAAUGGUGUGAGCAGCUGUAUGGGCAGUAUGCCAAGUGA